AUGGCGCAACGUUUAGCUCAAUCCAUCUCCAAGAAAUAUACCGACGCUCUGGCCAAUGGCGACGUGCAAUUCAAUCAGAUAGAGUCUAAAUCUAUCAGGAAUGCAGAAAAUGGUAUGCAAUAUUCAGUAAGAUUAUCUACCGGGCUAUUGAAAAAACCUGAAAGAGGUGACACACCCAAGAAUAAAGACCCUCUGGGUGAAAAUGAGCCGGCUUUGACCAUUUCAAACGAUGUCUUUGGAAAUGGUGACUUUAAAUUGGUCUUGAAUAAGUAUCCUGUCUUACCAGAACAUUCUCUAUUGGUUACCAAUGAAUUCAAACACCAAUUGUCUCCAUUAUCGCCGGACGAAUUAUUACAUUCUUAUCAACUGCUUUGUAAACUCGAUAAUGAAAACAAAAGACAUGUAAUCUUUUAUAAUUCCGGACCAACAAGUGGCUCUUCUUUAGAUCACAAACAUUUACAAUUAUUGCAAAUACCUGAAGGGUUCACUCCGUAUCAGGAUAAAUUAUGUUUCGGGAAAGAUCAUUUUUUGCCCAACCUUAAAGAGGAACCAUUACAAGAUCCUAAACUUUCAUUUGCUCAUUUUGUAUUGCCUUUACCUGAAUUGGAAACUGACGUUACUGAUGAACUCCUGGCAAUGUGUUACGCUUCUCUUUUACAAAGAGUCCUUACCUUUUUCCAGGAUUGGGAAGGUGAAACUUUACAAAAAGGCUAUAACGUUAUAUUAACGAAAAGAUGGAUAUCCAUGAUUCCACGUUCAAGUAUAAAAGCUAAAUCUUUACAAAUUGGAUUCAAUGCUACAGGAUAUUUCGGAUUAAUCUUAGUCAAAUAUAAAGAGGUCUUUGAUAAUAUUAUCGACAACCCUCAAUUACUUGACGACGUUCUAUUAGAAUGUGGGUUCCCCAACACUUCUGGUCAACGACCAACCGAAUACAAUUAUUAA